AUGGGUGCAUUUCUCCCACGGGACAUUUGCAACUUUGAUGAAUCACCAAUAUCCUUGUUUGGUGAUCAAACUAGUCGAACUUUAAAUUACGUUAAUGUGGAUAACGAAGUGGAAAAUCCUAUUUGUUCAAAACGUUUUGCAACUGUGAUUCUCACGAUUUUUCCCAAAGGAAAUGAUCGAGUUGGUCCUACAUUGUUAUUCAGGGGUAAAGGUCGUAUAUCCAGUCAAGAAACCAACCAAUAUUCAAAAAAUGUCAAAGUUUUCUUUACUCAAAAAGCGGCGAUGAAUACCGAAACCAUGCACAAAUUCGUCGAUUACUGGUAUGGUCAAAUAAAUGAUGGUAAUCCAAAACUCAUGAUCACCGAUUCCUAUGGUUGUCAUUUAAACUCGCAAGUUACACAAAGUCUUCGUCGAAAAAGUGUUGUUGUUGCAGUAGUUCCCAAAGGUUGCACACAAUACUUGCAAUUGCUCGAUACACUUGUCUUCUCAACAUUCAAAUCUAAUUAUUUCAAUGCAACCGAGGAAUUUCUUGAAAAGAAUGGAAAUCGAACUGCACUGAAGCUCACCGCUUCUCAAUCUCGGGUUUUGUGCACUCGUCUUACAUGGGAAGCUUGGAAACGAACGUUAAAAUCAAUUGAUCUCAAAAAAGGCUUUUUAGAAAUCGGUUAUACUUGGUGUAACAAUUCAAUUGUGACACCACGAACUCUACCUGGUUAUAAGUACGAUCCUAGUUGUGUACCUGAAAUACAACUAGAUGAUGAUGAGAAUGAUAAUGAUACAACAACUCGCAUCGAAGAGGAUGCCACAGCAGAUCGGUGUGAAGCUAGCACCAUUUAG